AUAAAUAUAUUCUUUGUUUUUUGUGUAAAAUUAUGACUUUGUAACAGAACUAAAGUUCUCUGAUAAAUGUAAUAAAGUAUAAGUAUGAUGUGGCAUGAAAAGAAAGUACUGAAGUAAAGUACAAGUACCUCAUAUUUGUACUGUAGUGUAGUACUUUGGUCACACGUGAAGGUAAAUGAGACCGUGGUGAGUUCGAGGACCGUCUGGAGGCGUGUCCUCUGAAGUGACGCUCAGUGUGUAACAGUAUUUUUUGUGUUCAGCUCCAUCAUGCCUGAAGUUUACGCCUCGACGACGGCCCCCAACCCCAAAACCUCGUGGCUCAUGUUGCCGACAGAGACCCUGGAGAAGGCCCGCGGUGGGAUCAAAGUCAUCCAAGUGCUCCUCUCCUUCGUGGCCUUCAUCCUAGAGGAGAUGGUGAUCAGCUGCAGCAGCUGCUCUGCUCUCUACUUCUUUGAGUUCGUGAGCUGCUCAGCCUUCCUCUUCACUCUGCUGCUCCUCAUCCUCCUCUACACCAGCCUCAACACACGGGUGGGCAUCAGCUGCUGGCCCAAGCUGGACUUUGUGUACACCGCCGUCAUCGCGGUGGUGUUCCUCCUCUCCUCGAUCAUCUUCACCUCCAGCAACAGCGACACGACUUUAGAGAGAAGUGCUGUGGCGUUUGGUUUCUUGGCGUCCUUGAUGUUCUUCUUGGACCUCAUCUUGUUCGUCAAGAGCGCCGGGUUUCCGUUCCAGAGAGACGUGAAGCCUGAGUCCAGUAACGGCGGCACGGCGGCCGAGCCGGAGACGGCGAAACUCAACACGCCGGCCAGCGCAACCGAUUGAGUCCGAUUCUAAAAAUCCACACGAGUGCGUUCGUUACGCAGAUUAUUUUUUACGCACUGUCCCUUUAACGCGUCGUCAGGAGGCGGAGCCUCAGCGACCUGGCAGCCAUUUUUAGAGUCCUUUAAAAAAAAAAAAAA